UCUGACGGGAGUAUCAGUCAGCUGCGCCAGUGUGCGUGCGUGCGUGUUCCCGCGAGCUGCUGUUUACCAGGCGAGGGGAUCCUGGUGGAGUUUUUAAACCGGAGAGACAUGGACGAGGAGGCUCAGGACAGCGAGUGUCCGGUGUGUUUCGAGAGUUUUUCGGACUGCACCAGGACGCUCAGCUGCGGGCAUCACUUCUGCCAUGACUGCUUAGUACGGACUCUGCUGAACACCAACCUGAACAGAUCCAUCAAACGGGAUAAUAUCCUCUGCCCCGUCUGCAGACACCUGACAGUCAUCACAAAGCUCCACGGAUUCACAGUCUCGACGGAUGAAGCCAAAAGGAUCGGGAAGACACUGGAAGUACCCUCUCCUGUAUUCACCGUUGGGUCUCACACCGGAGGUCUCGGCUGCUUCUGCAGGUGUCUGAGCUGUAUUACAUGCAGACUAUGUAGUCGAAGACUUGUCUGCGCUAAAGACGCUUCAGAAGUGUUCAUCAUCAGUGAGUUGGGUCGACCCAUGGCAGAGGGUGAUGUUAUUGACUUUGGGACAACUUCAGCCAUGCAGCAGGACUACAGCAGCAGUGGACGGAGACUUUGCACCAUCUCCUGCUGCCUUCUGGUCCUAAUGAUCACUUUCACCUUACUGGCUCUGGUGGCUGCCACACUUCCAUGGGUUUUGUUGGCUUAAAGUGUCCAGAACGGCUUGUACGUCAUACCUCAUGGAAGAUAAAUCACUUUACUAGCAGUAAAUAUCAUUAUUGUAUUGCUGUAAACGAGAUGGUUUCACAAGACAAGUGUUUUAUGAAGAAGAACAGAUGCUUAUUGUGAGAUCUUUUCCGAGGCUUGUUCUGGCAUGUCUUGUGAAUGGCUUGAAAGGAGGCAUACGGAGGUGUUUUCCUUAGAAAACAGUCGAAUAUAUAGUGUUACUCUACAGAUAAACAAAGGUUUAGCUCUGAAUCUGAAUGUGCUCAAAGCUCAAAGAGUUAAUCUUGAGUAACUUUGAGGAGAAGAAAAGAUGAGCUGGUCGUCUGGUUGUCACUUGAUCUUGUGGAAAGCAGAUGGGAUUCAGUUACAACUACUACGGACACAGUUUGAGAAUGGAGGACGGGGAAGGGUGUGAUGAGGCUAGCAUCACCUGGAAGGAAUGUAGCACACCCUGUCCACCCUGUCCAGAAAUUCUUGACACACGAACUAGCAAAGGUAUUUAGCUAGUUCCAGCCCUGAAAUGACUAAUACCUCACAUUCUGCACAAGUUGACAGUCAUUACUUGAUCGGAGGGUGUUUCUGUGACGUACCUGCACAGCAAUGCUAUCUCAAUCCACUUUAAAAUCGUAUGUGUACAUGUUUGUACUACUGUAGUUCACCCAGCUGACCCAUGUGUCUUCACAGAGGUCAAUUAUAAUCCAUAGUUAAAAGCGUGCAACUAUUAAAAAAGAAUAUAUUUUGUGUUAAACUACCUUGCCAUUAAAUUACAGAAAAUAAGUUACCUUA